UCUUAAAAAGUUUUUGAAUUUUGGGUGGAAGUAAACAAGGCCUAAAAGGCUGGCCACAUGCAUGCCAAGCCAAAAAAAAACACAAACAUCCCGGCAGACUGCAUGAGUAGUACUGUACAAAGCUAGCUGUUGACUGUACCAAACAGCGUAUCAAUAGCACCAGGCAGGGCACACAGGUGACGGGUGAUAACGACUGCGAGUCUGCGACGACUGCGACUACGACGACGACGACUUCUUCCAGCUCGCGUGUUCUUCCUGCUGGUCAUCACCGCCGGCGGGGAAGGAGCUCAACGUGCCACCGGAGGCGUUUUGCCGCCGGCCGGCACACGGCACGUACGGUGCAUGAUGUACUCCCGCGCGCGCCUUGUCGUGAACUAAGUGUGAAUUUGUUGUCACUCUAAAAGGAGAAAAAUGUGUGACAUUAUAUUGCCAAUGACACACGACCGAGACCUAGCUUGCUGCUCCCUUCGCUGGUCAAUACUAUGUGCAGUUGCAGUUGCAGGGCCUUCCUAUAUAGGCAACCUCCAGCUCAGGAGAGAAUUCCUCAAAACUGAAGCUUAAUUUUGUGAGCUACCACUACCAGUAAUAAGCUUGGAGCUAGCAAUGGAUGCCAGUAGUAACCAGACGACGAUGAUCUUGUGCCCGCCAUCCAUCGACAGGUACAUCAAGAACCUCACGUCGUCCUACACGGAGAAGAGCAACGAGGCGAGCAUGGUGUCGGCCUCCGUCAUCAUGUUCGUGCUCGCCGGCCUCUUCUUCAACCUCAACCUCUUCAGCGGCAUCUCCGACGUGAGCGCCACGCUGGACCCGAAAGUCCGCCUCUUCCUCUCCUCGGCGCUCUCCCUCCUGCUCCCCGUCAUGUCCUACCUCUUCUCCGAGGCCAAGAACGCCGCCACCGCCACCGCCGCCGGCGCCACCAGCUUCUCGUCCUCGGCGGCCGAGCUGUCCAUGGGAGCCGGGCUCAUCCUCGCGUGGAUGCUCCUGGUCGAGCUCCUCCGCAAAAAGGUGGACGAGAUCCGCAUGCGCGGCUUCUCCGGCUCCAUCCAGCGCGCCGGCCGCGUCGUCUGGCUGGGAAGUCUCGUCUUCUUCAACAUCAGGAGCACCGGCCGGAAGGCGCUGUUCGCCAUCCUCUGGAUCCUCUGUGCUACUAGGGUCGUGCAGAGGAUCGCCUACACUGAGAUCGGCAAGAACUCGUACGCCCAUGGCAAGAACGCCCGCCUCAUCAACUCGUACAUGGCCAAGAAGCUGCAAGAAGAAGCUGGUGAUGAGGAGAAUCAGGCUGCCGCCCAUGGUGCUCGCCAUGACGACGACGACGACGUCGAGCAAGCUCCCGGUCCCGGCCAGGUCAAAAAUGGACGCGAUCUACUGAAGAGCUGCAGCUACAUUGUGAUGGGAGAAGAGAAGCUAGUGCGGCAGCCAACCGCAGAUGGCUACGAGCUCGACCUGACCUCCCUUGGCAAUGGCGACAGUAGUGGCGGCGUCAUCACUGUCGGUAAAGUCUGGGAGCUCAACGAGAACGACGACAUCUUCGCCUCCCAAGUCGAGGUUCAACGACUGAAGAGGCUCUGCCUCUCGUUCGCUCUCUUCAAGCUGCUGCGCCGGAAGUUCGAGCGGCUGCCGGCGGUGACCGACAAAGAAGCAGAGGACUGCCGGAGCCUCAUCUUUAGAGGCCUGCUGCACAGCCAUAGCAGCAACGCCCACGCCGGUGGUAGCAGCGCCGCGGCGGCCGCGGCAGAGGAGGUGUUCCAGGUGAUGAACGACGAGGUUGUCUUCCUCAGCGAGUACUACCACUCCGUCGUGCCCGUCGUGCUCGCGAGCCCAUUCUUCCUCUUCGUGAACUACUUCCUCGUCCUCGCCGUGGUGGCCGCGCUGUGCGUCAUGACGGUCAUCCUCUGCGGCAACGGGGACGCCGUGUACGCGUUCACGAGCAUCGGCGACGACAACUACACCUUCCGCUCCGGCAUCGGCAGGAUCGCCAUCUGCCUCAUCCUCAAGGCCAGCAAGAACUCGCCGGAGGCCUUCUUCUCCAUCGUGGACCUCUCCAUCACGCUGCUCCUGUUCGUCAUCUACUUCUACGAGGAGAUCUGGGAGUUCUUCGUCUUCCUCCUCUCCAACUGGUUCAUGGUGUCACUGGUCUGCAGCUACAUGGCGAAACCCCACUGGCGUGACAGCCCAUGGAUCCGGUACGCCUUCCACCGGAUCAUCUGGCUGAGGAGCAAGCUCAACCAUGGCAGCCUAAGCUUCCGGCAGUUCUCCGUGCUCCACCAUCGCUGGCCACUCGGACUGCCGUUCUUCUCCACACUCUCCUUGGUGCUCAGAACAGAGCUGGUGCCCAACAACCUGAAGCAAUCCAUCGUAGAACGCCUCAUGGAUGGCCAUUGCACCGGUGGUCGUAGUCCUGCUCCUGCGUAUCUUACUCCUCUCACGAACGGCAAGGCCGCUCUGCAGAGCAACUUCCUCUUCGACAAGCUGUCAUGGGCGUGCCGGAGCGACAGCGUCUCCGAGGUCUUCCUGACAUGGCACAUCGCCACCUGCAUCCUGGAGACGCAGCGGCGGGGAGGCGAAGGGGCGGCGGCGGCGGCGUCGCGGAGAGCGGCGGUGAGGCUGUCCAAGUACUGCGCGUACCUGGUGGCCUUCCACCCGGAGCUUCUGCCGGAUAGUCCGGAUAAGACGGAGCGCGUCGUCGACGACAUGAAGGCGGAGCUGGGCAGCAUCUUCUGGUGCUGGGAGUACUACCUGCUGUCCGAGCGCGCACGAGCGAAGAAGAUGAUGGAUGCGGCGGCGGCGGCGGCGGCGGAGGAACAGGUGAAUAACGGGGUUGUGAGAAAUGGUGCAAAGCUGGGGAGGUUGCUGAUCGGAGUAGCUGACGCAUGGAAGGUGCUGGCGGAUGUGUGGACGGAGCUCAUCGUCUUCGUGGCGCCGUCGAGCGACGAGGAGCGCGUCAAGGGGCACCAGGACGUGCUGGUGCAAGGAGGCGAGUUCAUCACCGUGCUCUGGGCGCUGACCACGCACAUCGGCGUGUCUCACAGUGCCAACAACAAGUUACCGGUGAAAACUUUGGAAGACCUGAUGGGUGAAUCCAUGCGUAAUGCACCCCACAUUGCCCCGGAGAUAAGCAACAUGGAGUAGUAGUUGCUUUGUGAAGAGUAGUUUGUUUAUUGAUUGUAUUGCGAAACUACCUCGAGAUAUAUAUGUAUGUAAUGUGUGUAGGUCGUUUAAAAGUUGAGGACUUAUAUAUAUUCUUUUAUGAAAAGUAAUAGCAAUCUAAAA